AUGAUUUCAUCAAUACAUCUCCCCUUGGUGGUUCUGGCCGUCUCCCAGGCUACAUGUAUCCAGGCUCUUGAAAUCAUCCCAAGAGACUCUUCGUCUCAAAGCCUCCCUCUAUCCGCCACCAUCGGCAUCAUCGUCGGCGUCAUCUCCAUCUUCGCCCUCGCCACUGUCCUCUUCAUCAUCUACUUUGCUCGCCAGAGACCUUCCCCAUACAUCGAGCAACGCUACUAUUAUAGAGAAGAAUAUGUCUCUCCUAAAAACCUAGUUGAGCCUUGGGGUUACGUCGUCAACCAGGCUCAUCAUGGCACCGACUUCCAGGGCGCUGCAAACAUAAAUGAUGGAGCCAGCGAGACCAACGGCCAAUACUACAACCGCAUGGAAGACGCCGCCCGCUACGGCCAUAUCCAACUCACACACGAUCCAAGAUCUGUCAUUCAAGGCCCUGACAACGCCAUGCCUGCUCAUCAUGCCUACGAUCCCAACACUGUAUCAAAGAAAGAUAGCAGAGCCGGCUCUACACGAUCCCUCUCACCCCCUCGACCAACCCACAGACUCAGGCCAAGCACGCCCGACUCAUUCAUCAUCCAAGCCUACAAAUCAGUCGUGGAAGACGCUUCAAGACAAUCCGCUCUGCAAUCACCCCCUACUUCAGCACAGCCCGCGCUGCCAUCCCCAUCAUCACAGGCAACUUCCUCGCCAACUUUGAGGUCUUCAUCUCGCUGGAGCUCCAGACUCUCCUCCCUCUCCCUACCCAAAAUCCACAUACCCAGACGAAACGCUCCUCCCAGCCUCGUCCUUCAGCCCAUGGCAAUGGCCCGAACCUCUGGGGACCGCCAGCUGCACAUCACGCCUCCCCUACUCAACGACCCGAGAUUCAUCGACAGGCCGCUUGGCGCUGGCAUCGUCGUCGUCGACCGCAAUCGUCCACCGACUCCUAGAUCCAGCGAAAAGUACGCUGCCUACACAGAAGUUCCUCUGGCUAGUGGGAAGAGCGUUCUUUACGGAAUGUAA